AUGUGGCUCAGCGACAGGCAAAAAAUCGGCGUCGCGCUCGCCGCGUUUGGCGUCUUCUUCAUGUUACUGGGCAUCGUCCUUUUCUUUGAUGGCCCGCUGCUCGCGCUCGGCAACAUCCUAUUCCUGACAGGAUUGCCACUCAUCAUCGGACCCACGCGCACAUUCUACUUCUUCUCGCGCAAGGAGAAAUGGCGCGGAACCAUCUGCUUCUUCCUCGGCAUAUCAUUCUUCCCCGUCGUGCUGCAGGCACUUCGGCAGAUGCCCGUUAUCGGCACCUUCCUCUCACUUCCAUAUGUACGCGGGGCUGCGGACAGGCUCGCGGGCGUGAGACAGAGCGCCGUUUAG